UCCUCUAUGACUCCCUAGAUUUUUUACUCUCAGUCUGGAUUUUCAUAUUUCAACCUUCAUUCAAAUGGCAAAUUCAAAAUGUCGUUGAAUUCUCAAACCAAGAAAUCCACCCUUCUGUAAACUCCAUUAAACUCACUCAAUGGGUUUCCCGCGUCAAGCGAAGUCGCCGCUGUCGACAAUUAGCCGGCGCGCAACACUCCCAGUCGGGUUGUGCGCGAAGCUGACUGCAGUAGUGAUUCUUGGCCUGCUAUUCAUACUUAUUUGGUCAUUUUUCUCACCAACCCCAGAUGCUCUUACAGCUCAAAGAGAGAGUUUCAGUGAGAUUGCUGAACCAGCAGCAAGAUCAUCACCUUCGAAAUCAAGUACAUCCAAGGCUAGUCAUUCCAAACCCGAAUCAAAAUCGAAUAAAAAUGGACAUUUGCAGCAGUCGGGUAGUAAUUCGAGGAAGAAAAAACAUGGGAUUGUUAGUAAUGUGACUGUUAGUGGGCAGAAUUUGAAGGAAUUUAAUAGGACUAAUAAUGGGGAUGAAUUGGAUUUAGAAGGGAAUGAAGGAUCUGAGAGAUCUGAGGUUGUUGAUGGAAAUGAUCAAACUGUGGUUGAUGGUAAGGAAGAAGGGUUUCGAGGCGAAAGCGAAGGCGAGGAUGAAGGGGAGAAGAAUGGGGAUGAAGAUCCUGAUUUGGAAGGCGGGGUUGAUAUUAAAAUGUCAGAAACUGAGGAAGAGGAUGAAGAUGGUGAUACUCGGUCGAAGAGUAAAGGGAAGAUGAGGAAGAAUUUGGGUCCAUUGUUUGAUUCUAAAGCACAUUAUAGUUGGAAAUUAUGUAAUGUAAGGAGUAAACACAAUUACAUUCCUUGCAUUGAUAUUGAGAGUCCUAAAGGAAAGAUUCAGAGAUACCGACAUCUCGAAAGGAGUUGUCCUUCAGUACCUCCUAUGUGUCUUGUUCCUCUUCCUCCUGAUGGGUAUGGAAGUAAUGGGACUACUUUGCAUUGGCCUGAAAGUAGAACAAAGAUAUUGUACAAGAAUGUUGAACAUCCUAAACUUGUUGCUUAUCUGAAGACUAUCACUUGGGCCUUGGUUUCUGGAGAAUAUCUUGUGUUUCCUCAUAAUCAGUCGAAUGUUAUUGGAGGCGUUGGUCACUACCUUGAAUCAAUUGAAGAGAUGGUACCAGACAUUGAAUGGGGAAAGAAUGUCCGGGUGGUGCUAGACAUUGGAGUCACCGACUCAAGCUUUACAGCAUCUCUCUUUGAUAAGGGUGUGCUUACUUUAUCACUAGGAUUGAAGGAUGAUCUGGUGGACUUGGCACAAGUUGCGCUUGAGCGUGGAUUUCCUGCAAUUGUUAGCCCAUUUGCAAAUAGAAGACUUCCAUUUCCCAGUGGUGCUUUUGAUGCCAUUCACUGUAGUGGAUGCAAAAUACAUUGGCAUGCUCAUGGGGGCAAGAGGCUUCUUGAAAUGAAUAGAAUUUUGCGACCAGGUGGAUACUUUGUUUUGUCACACAAACAUAAUAGCAUUGAAGAAGAAGAAGCUAUGACUUCAUUGAUCGCAGCCAUUUGUUGGAAUGUUCUGGCUGAUAAAACGGAUGAAGUUGCUGAAGUUGGUGUCAAAAUAUAUCAGAAGCCGGAAUCAAAUUCCAUUUAUGAACUACGUAGGAAAAGGAACCCUCCUAUAUGCAAGGAUAACGAGAAUGCGGAUUCAGCCUGGUAUAUUCCAGUCGGACAUUGCUUGCACCCUAUCCCCACUGCAAUUGAGCAGCAUGGAACUGAGUGGCCUGCAGAAUGGCCCAAAAGGCUUGAAAGUUAUCCCGACUGGCUGAGUGACAAGGAGAAAGUGAAGGCUGACACAAAGCAUUGGAAAGCUGCAGUCGACAAGUCAUACCUCACUGGAAUGGGUAUUAAUUGGACAAAUAUCCGAAAUGUGAUGGAUAUGAAAGCCAUCUAUGGGGGGUUUGCAGCUGCUCUUUCAGAACAAGAGGUCUGGGUCAUGAAUGUAGUACCUGUUCAUGCUCCAAAUACACUUCCAUACAUAUAUGAACGUGGUCUCUUUGGAGUUUAUCAUGACUGGUGCGAAUCUUUUGGUUCUUACCCAAGGUCAUAUGAUCUAUUGCAUGCAGAUCAUUUGUUCUCACGGCUUAAGAAUAGAUGUAACCAACCAGUGGCAAUAGUAGUUGAGAUGGAUCGCUUAUUACGGCCCGGAGGUUGGGUAAUAGUGCGCGAUAAGGUGGUGGUAUUAGAACCCCUGGAAGAAAUUUUUAGAAGCUUGAACUGGGAUAUCCACAUGACAUUUUUUCAGGAUAAAGAGGGUAUACUUGUUGCUCAGAAAACAUGGAGGCCUUGAGAUCAAGAGAUAAUUCCACACUUGUCUUUUUACCUCCUUUGUUGUUUCCAUCAGAAGCAUAUGAAUACCAGUCCACGAAUUUUCUGACAUCCAGAAUAUCAGGUUGAUUCAUAUUUUCUGGCGAACCCUGCAGAAUCCGAACAUACUGUGAUCUCUUAAACUAACUCUUCUUUCUUCUGUAUAUUAUACCCACACGUUACCUACAUGCAAUGAGGAUAAUGCACAUGUUGAGUGAAGUAAAUUGCUUUAAGGUGGCAAGAGAUACAUUCAAUUUCACUAGUUUUACACUUUUACUGCCUUCGAUAUGCCCUUCAUCCUGAACGAAUUGUAAAGGCAGGUUUUCUCCAGUUCUUGCAGAGGGAGAAAUAUUCCUUUGUCAUCAAAUUUGACAGAAGCAUCAGACUUAACAUCAUGUUGUAGCAGUAGCUAAGCUUGAUGAAUUGUAGGUGUUAUAUUAUUCUCAGAACUCAAGGGCCUUCAUGUGAGUAGAAGAUGAGCAGCAUAAGAUUGGGUGAGUUGAGUCUAAGGCGAUUUCGGAAAUUUGUGUAUGUACUCUUCAAAAUGUUACCAAUUACGCAAUCAUACAUUGUUGUUCAAGGUUGUAGAAUGCCGUGAUUUGUGGCAGCGUGUAUCAAAUUACAGAUGGAAAAUCUCUUGUUUGUUCAGAGCCCAGUGUAUUAAAAGAUAUACAGCAGUACAGAACCUAUCAUUGUGAAUUUGUGAUGCUGCUUGAAUUGUAUUCAAUGGAUGAUACAAAACUAUUCCAUUCAGACGUUAUAGGGUAAUGGUUAUCUUAUAUGCAACUAUUUUCCAGUUGCUUCUUUU